AUGACCAGAUUGACCAUCAUCGUCGCCGCAACACUCACAAACGGCAUCGGCCAAAAUUCGCGGCUGCCAUGGCGGCUCUCCAAAGAGAUGGCUUACUUCGCGAAAAUCACAUCUAGUGCGCCAGAUGGUAGCAUGAACACGGUGGUCAUGGGCAGGAACACUUGGGAGAGCAUCCCGGCGAAAUUCAAACCACUCCCUAGACGACUCAACAUCGUCAUCAGCACUAACAAGCAAUACGAACUGCUGCCGGCGGAUGCUACUGUUCCAGCCGCACCCGUGUACCUUCACUCAAGUUUGGACACCGCGCUAGCAAGGCUCUCACACCCAGAAAAGCUGGAAGUCCUCAUUCACAGGUCGUUCAUCAUAGGCGGGGCCUCGCUGUACCGUGACACACUGGCACUUCUGCCCACCGCAGAUUCUUUCGUAGACCGAGUCCUGCUCACACGCAUACUCUCACCGGCCUUUGAACAAUGCGAUGUGUAUAUGCCCGACUUUCUGUCACAGCAGGGUUCAGCGAACGGUUUGCCUUCGUGGAGGAGAGCUGCACACGCGGAGCUGCAGGAGUGGGCCGGGUUCGAGGUGCCGCAAGGGAUACAGGAGGAAAAGGGUGUAAAAUACGAGUUCCAGAUGUGGGUGCGCUGA